AUGGGGAAGAAGUGGAAGGAUGCGGUGGAAAUGGAGCGGGGCUGCUCGGACCGCGAAGACAGCACGGAGAGCCGCAGGCGCAGCCGGAGCGCCAGCCGGGGCAGGUUUGCCGAGUCGUGGAAAAGGUUAAGUUCCAAGCAGGGGUCCACCAAACGCUCGGGACUCCCUUCGCAGCAGACGCCGGCUCAGAAAUCCUGGAUAGAAAGAGCAUUUUAUAAAAGAGAAUGUGUUCACAUCAUACCCAGCACCAAAGACCCCCAUAGGUGUUGCUGUGGGCGUCUGAUAGGCCAGCAUGUCGGCCUCACUCCCAGCAUCUCCGUUCUUCAAAAUGAGAAAAACGAAAGUCGUCUCUCCCGAAAUGACAUCCAGUCUGAGAAGUGGUCCAUCAGCAAGCACACUCAACUCAGCCCAACAGAUGCUUUUGGGACCAUUGAGUUCCAAGGAGGCGGCCAUUCCAACAAAGCCAUGUACGUGCGUGUGUCUUUUGAUACAAAGCCUGAUCUUCUCCUACACCUGAUGACCAAGGAAUGGCAACUGGAACUUCCCAAGCUUCUCAUCUCUGUCCAUGGGGGCCUGCAGAACUUUGAACUCCAGCCAAAACUCAAGCAAGUCUUUGGGAAAGGUCUCAUCAAAGCUGCUAUGACAACCGGAGCGUGGAUAUUCACUGGAGGGGUUAACACAGGUGUUAUUCGACAUGUUGGAGACGCCUUGAAGGACCAUGCAUCGAAAUCUCGGGGGAAGAUAUGCACCAUAGGCAUCGCCCCCUGGGGAAUUGUGGAGAACCAAGAGGACCUGAUUGGGAGAGAUGUUGUCCGGCCAUACCAGACCAUGUCCAAUCCCAUGAGCAAGCUCACUGUUCUCAACAGCAUGCACUCCCAUUUCAUUCUGGCUGACAAUGGGACCACUGGAAAAUACGGAGCAGAGGUGAAACUUCGGAGACAAUUGGAAAAGCAUAUUUCACUCCAGAAGAUAAAUACAAGAAUCGGUCAAGGCGUUCCAGUGGUGGCGCUCAUUGUGGAAGGAGGACCCAAUGUGAUCUCCAUUGUUCUGGAGUACCUUCGAGACACCCCUCCCGUGCCUGUUGUUGUCUGUGAUGGGAGCGGACGGGCAUCCGACAUCCUGGCAUUUGGGCAUAAGUAUUCAGAAGAAGGCGGACUCAUAAAUGAAUCUUUGAGGGACCAGCUAUUGGUGACCAUACAGAAGACUUUCACCUACACCCGGACCCAGGCUCAGCACCUCUUCAUCAUCCUCAUGGAGUGCAUGAAGAAGAAGGAAUUGAUCACGGUAUUUCGGAUGGGUUCAGAAGGACAUCAGGACAUUGAUUUAGCUAUCCUGACAGCUUUACUCAAAGGAGCCAAUGCCUCGGCCCCAGACCAACUGAGCUUAGCUUUAGCCUGGAACAGAGUCGACAUCGCUCGCAGCCAGAUCUUUAUUUAUGGGCAACAGUGGCCGGUGGGGUCUCUGGAGCAAGCCAUGUUGGAUGCCCUAGUGCUGGACAGAGUGGAUUUUGUGAAAUUACUCAUAGAGAAUGGAGUAAGCAUGCACCGUUUUCUCACCAUCUCCAGACUAGAGGAAUUGUACAAUACGAGACAUGGGCCCUCAAAUACAUUGUACCACUUGGUCAGGGAUGUCAAAAAGCGAGAAUAUCCAGGUUUCGGUUGGAUCUAUUUUAAGGGGAACCUGCCUCCGGACUACAGGAUCAGCCUGAUUGACAUCGGCCUGGUGAUCGAGUACCUGAUGGGAGGAGCUUACCGCUGCAACUACACUCGCAAGCGCUUCAGGACGCUCUACCACAACCUUUUCGGCCCCAAGAGGCCCAAAGCCUUGAAACUGCUGGGAAUGGAGGACGAUGUUCCCUUGAGAAGAGGAAGAAAGACAACCAAGAAGCGUGAAGAAGAGGUGGACAUUGAUUUGGACGACCCUGAGAUCAACCACUUCCCUUUCCCCUUCCACGAGCUGAUGGUGUGGGCUGUCCUGAUGAAGCGGCAGAAGAUGGCCUUGUUCUUCUGGCAGCAUGGUGAGGAGGCCAUGGCCAAGGCCCUGGUGGCCUGUAAGCUCUGCAAAGCUAUGGCUCACGAGGCCUCUGAGAACGACAUGGUCGACGACAUCUCCCAGGAGCUGAACCACAACUCCAGGGACUUUGGCCAGCUGGCCGUGGAGCUCCUGGACCAGUCCUACAAGCAGGACGAGCAGCUGGCCAUGAAGCUGCUGACGUAUGAACUGAAGAACUGGAGCAACGCCACGUGCCUGCAGCUUGCUGUGGCUGCCAAGCACCGUGACUUCAUCGCACACACAUGCAGCCAGAUGCUGCUCACCGACAUGUGGAUGGGCCGCCUCCGGAUGCGCAAGAACUCAGGCCUCAAGGUAAUUCUGGGAAUUCUACUUCCUCCUUCAAUUCUCAGCUUGGAGUUCAAGAACAAAGACGACAUGCCUUAUAUGUCUCAGGCCCAGGAAAUCCAUCUCCAAGAGAAGGAACCAGAAGAACCAGAGAAGCCUACGAAGGAAAAAGAUGAAGAAGAUAUGGAACUGACAGCAAUGUUGGGACGCAACAAUGGGGAGUCCUCAAGGAAGAAGGAUGAAGAGGAAGUUCAGAGCAGGCACCGGUUAAUCCCCCUGGGCAGAAAAAUCUAUGAAUUCUACAAUGCACCCAUCGUGAAGUUCUGGUUCUACACCCUGGCAUACAUUGGAUACCUGAUGCUCUUCAACUAUAUUGUGUUAGUGAAGAUGGAACGCUGGCCUUCUACCCAGGAAUGGAUUGUCAUUUCCUAUAUUUUCACCUUGGGAAUAGAGAAGAUGAGAGAGAUUCUUAUGUCCGAGCCAGGGAAGUUGCUUCAAAAAGUGAAGGUAUGGCUGCAAGAGUACUGGAAUGUCACAGACCUCAUCGCCAUUCUUCUGUUCUCCGUGGGAAUGAUCCUUCGUCUCCAAGACCAGCCCUUCAGGAGUGACGGAAGGGUCAUCUAUUGUGUGAAUAUCAUUUAUUGGUACAUCCGUCUACUAGACAUCUUUGGCGUGAACAAGUAUUUGGGCCCCUAUGUGAUGAUGAUUGGAAAAAUGAUGAUAGACAUGAUGUACUUUGUCAUUAUUAUGCUGGUGGUGCUGAUGAGCUUUGGGGUCGCAAGGCAAGCCAUCCUCUUUCCCAACGAGGAGCCAUCGUGGAAACUGGCCAAGAACAUCUUCUACAUGCCCUAUUGGAUGAUUUAUGGGGAAGUGUUUGCCGACCAGAUAGACCCUCCCUGUGGACAGAAUGAGACCCGAGAAGAUGGUAAGAUAAUCCAGCUGCCUCCCUGCAAGACAGGAGCCUGGAUCGUGCCGGCCAUCAUGGCCUGCUACCUCUUAGUGGCAAACAUCCUGCUGGUCAACCUCCUCAUUGCUGUCUUCAACAACACAUUUUUUGAGGUAAAAUCGAUAUCUAACCAAGUGUGGAAGUUUCAAAGAUAUCAGCUCAUCAUGACUUUCCACGAGAGGCCGGUUCUGCCCCCGCCUCUGAUCAUCUUCAGCCACAUGACCAUGAUAUUCCAGCACCUGUGCUGCCGAUGGAGGAAACACGAGAGCGACCCAGAUGAAAGGGACUACGGCCUGAAACUCUUCAUAACUGAUGAUGAACUCAAGAAAGUACAUGAUUUUGAAGAACAGUGCAUAGAAGAAUAUUUCAGGGAAAAGGAUGAUCGAUUUAACUCGUCCAAUGAUGAGAGGAUUCGCGUGACUUCAGAAAGGGUAGAAAACAUGUCCAUGAGGUUGGAAGAAGUCAACGAGAGAGAGCACUGCAUGAAGGCCUCACUCCAGACUGUGGACAUCCGGCUCGCACAGCUUGAGGACCUCAUUGGUCGCAUGGCCACAGCCUUGGAACGCCUGACUGGUCUGGAGCGGGCUGAGUCCAACAAAAUCCGCUCGCGGACCUCCUCAGACUGCACAGACGCAGCCUACAUCGUCCGCCAGAGCAGCUUCAACAGCCAAGAGGGGAAUACCUUCAAGCUCCAGGAGAGUAUAGACCCUGCAGGUGAGGAGACCAUGUCCCCAACUUCUCCAACCUUAAUGCCCCGUAUGCGAAGCCAUUCUUUCUAUUCAGUCAAUAUGAAAGACAAAGGUGGUAUAGAAAAGUUGGAAAGUAUUUUUAAAGAAAGGUCCCUGAGCCUGCACCGGGCUACUAGUUCCCACUCUGUAUCAAAAGAACCCAGAGCUCCCGCAGCCCCUGCAAACACCUUGGCGAUUGUCCCUGACUCCAGAAGACCAUCAUCAUGUAUAGACAUCUAUGUCUCCACCAUGGAUGAGCUCCACUGUGAUAUAGACACAGUGGACCCUCUGGAUAAUUCCAUGAACAUCCUUGGGCUGGGUGAGCCAAGCUUUUUGGUUCCAGCACCUUCCACAGCCCCUUCAAGCAGUGCCUAUGCAACUCUUGCACCCACAGACAAACCUCCAAGCCGGAGCAUUGAUUUUGAGGACAUCACCUCCAUGGACACUAGAUCUUUUACUUCAGAUUAUACCCAUCUCCCAGAUUGCCAAAAUCCCUGGGACUCAGACCCUCCCAUGUACCACACCAUUGAACGUUCCAAAAGUAGCCGCUACCUAGCCACCACACCCUUUCUUCUGGAAGAGGCACCUAUCGUUAAGUCUCAUAGCUUUAUGUUUUCUCCCUCGAGGAGCUAUUAUGCCAACUUUGGGGUGCCCAUGAAAACGGCGGAAUACACAAGUAUUACAGACUGUAUUGACACAAGGUGUGUCAAUGCCCCUCAAGCAAUUGCUGACAGAGCCACCUUCCCUGGAGGUCUCAGAGACAAAGCAGAGGACUUAUCUUGCUGCCAUCCAGAAAGAGAAGCAGAACUGAGUCACCCCAGCUCUGACAGUGAGGAGAACGAGGCCAAAGGCCGGAGAGCCGCCAUCGCGUUAUCCUCCCAGGAGAGCGAUACCUCAGACAGAGCCCUGUCCAACAACAUCACUGUUCCCAAGAUAGAGCGUGCCAACAGCUACUCAGCAGAGGAGCCAAGUGCACCAUAUGCACACACCAGGAAGAGCUUCUCCAUCAGUGACAAACUUGACAGGCAACGGAACACAGGAAGCCUGCGAAACCCCUUCCAGAGGAGUAAGUCCUCCAAGCCGGAGGGCCAAGGGGACAACCUGUCCAUGAGGAGAUUGUCCAGAAUGUCUGCUUUCCGCAGCUUUGAAAGCAAGCACAACUAAACCUUCUUGAUGUGCAUCACAGGAGGCUCAAGAAUCCAGCCCUAAAAUCUCCCUGAACUCGCUUUGCCCCUUCCUUAAAUCAUACCUGCUUUUUACUUAGCUGAGCAAAACAAGCAAUGCUUUUGGGAGGUGUUAACUCAAAGGUGGGAGUCCCUGGGUGGUGCAAACGGUAGGUGCGAGUCCACCCAGAGGCCCCUCAAAAGAAAGGCCUGGUCAUCUACUUCCAAAAAAUCACCCAUUAAAAACCCUGUGGGGCUCAGUUUGAUUCUGACACACAGGGCAUCACCAUGAGUCAGAGGUGACUCCAUGGCACCUAGUAACUCCAAGGUGACUUCUGGGCCACAGGUCAAGAAAGCAUUUGACCUGACCCAGUGCCAAACAGAAGGGUUUUCAGCUGUGGACGCGCUUGCUGGGGAGGGAGAGGGAAAGAAGGGGAGAAGAGUUAGAGAUGAAUGGUAUGACCAAUCACUUCAGAAAGCCGUGUGCUCUGGGGCCUGAAGGGGCUUAACACACUCUCCAUGCCAGGAGGCAUCUUUUGAUUUCUGACCAUUAUCAAGAGGUAUAGGAUGCAGGGCUAAAUUGCAAACUAAAAUAAGAUAGCCAGCAUACAAAUGAGAUAUUCUAAACUUCAAUUCUGUUUUCUUUUCACAUUGGCUCCAUCACUGUGGUGACUGAUGAAGAGCAUCCUUUUUAUUCAGUAUAAGCCGGCAGCAAGCAGCUCUCCUAACGUCCCACAUCCUUCUCAUCCCAACACUUCUGUAAUUGAUCAUUAUAAAGAAAAAACAAGGUAACAGUCAUAGUUCACCUGUCGCUUAUAUAUUCACUUCUGGUGCCACAGCUGUUUAUCUUUUUGGAAGAAAAUAAGGGAAAAGAAAUGCUUUUUUGUAUUGCAAUCCAAAAUGAAAGAAGAAUUGAUGUUAAGAACAAAUGUCGAGUGAUUUAUUCUGUCCAGUGGGCAUUCAAGUAUAGCCGAGCAAGCUCAGGAUGAAUGUAAUUAAAUAGUUUUAUAUUUUUUAAUUUAUUUUGUAUCUCACUUGUCAUUGCUGAAUUCACUCACUGAAUCUGUAAUAUUAAAGUAAAGGGAAAAAAAAAAGUCCGCAGAACUAACUUAAAAUUGCCAUAUGAGAUAUUGUUGUGUUCUUACCAUUUAUGUCCUGUGUUUUGCUGCUGUGUGAGUGUCAUCAUUUGCAUGACUUCAUCAUGUCUUCUGAACACCUCCAAGAUGUAACUGCCAAUUCUUCACACCACCCAUCGCUUGACCAUUUUAUAUAUGAAUAUAUGGUUAUAUGUGGCUAUUUUCAUACCUAGAGUUUUGCCAUCUCAUCUGAGCUCAGCAUAAAUUUAAUUGGAGUUUUUCAAGGGGAUGAUAUCUUUUUUAUGGAAAUGUUCCAAAGUGCUUUUUAAGGAAGUUUCAAAACCAUAAAUAACUUCAGAAUUGACUGGGAGUUUGGUAUCAACCUAAAGCCAUCCGUUGCAAGCAUACAGUGAAUAUUUUUCUUAUAUGCAGAGCUAUAAAAAAAAAGAUACAUUAGAUCAAAAUAGAAAGCAAAUAAACCAUAUAAAGAGUUCUAUAAUAUAUGCUGCUUACAGGCAUUUACACAGAGAGACGUGUUUAUAUAUAGUAUAUAAACAGACAUAUAGAGCUUUCUAAAGAGGCUGGGACUUUUCUAUCACCUUGAGGUAUAACUAGGAUUUUUUAAUAUCCAAGGAGUUCCACUGAAAGAGUUCAUUAUAUUAUUAGACCAAAUAUUGAAUCUGUGAUUUUUUAAAGCCCCUAUGACCUUAAGGUUUCCUCGUAGCAAACUAGUUGUCAAAAGUACUCCCUGCCUGCCCCUGGCCCUUUUUAUCUGAGAGCACUCACGAUUAUGACAUCUUGUUUAGUUGUGUUUUCUCCUGCACAAAGCCGUUACACCAAGUGCAAUCUGAAGAGACAUGCAAUUCUCAACCAGUUAGUAUUAUAGACUCUAGAAUACAGGCAGAGCUUCUAGGUCAGAAUCUGGACUGGAAGUGGGAAAAAGAAAUCUUGGCCCCAAACUUUCAGAACCCUAUUUAGAUCACUAAGAUUUAAAAAAGGAUGAAGCCUUUAAAAAAAAUUAAUGUAAUGUACCUGGCCCAAGAUACUACCUGGUUCUUUUGGUUUACUUGUAGUUAUGAACUCUGAUUUUAUCUCAUUUUGUAAAUUCAAGUGAAUACACAGACAAAACAUUUAACUUUUAAAUAUUUAGAAGAAGAAAAAAACCUUUCUGAACAAGCUUUUCAGGUAUAAAGUGAUGAGGUCACAUAUAUAAAGAAUUAAAGAACUCUGUUUUACUCCUUGGGAGGUGAAUCAGAAAGACUUGAGCAAGCACACUGUAGGUUGUCACUCACUUGCUUACAAUCCCUCUAGAAACACAUUUUUGUUGGGCCCUGCAAUGACUAUUUCCCCUCAGCAAACACACAUUUGGUCUAAGAAUAAAUCAGCUGUUCCCAGACUUCCUUGACUCAUGAAUUCCUACAAGAAUCUCAUGAAACCCUUGGUCUUUUUUCCUGGGGCAGGGCGGGGGUACACAUACAUACAAAGUUUUCAGUAUAACUUUUAAACUGGUCGUGAACCCUUGGUUCCAUAUUGAUUUAUAUUGAAGACAAGGAACCAUGUUUGUUCGUAAUCAACAUAGUUGUAAUAAGCACUUUACAUUUAGAGACCAUUUCUCUGUGAUUCUCAGGAAGGCUGAGUCUCAGCACCAGAGUUUGAACCAAGAUUUCACUAUUUUCAUUCCUUAGAUGGGAUUGUUGGUAGUUCGAUGUACUUAUGUCCUAACAUUUUGAUGAUUUUAAGUAGCGAGCACAUUUACAAAACCAGAAGGCUCUCUGAGGGAGUCUGUAGAGGAAUCCAAGGAGGAAGUGAAACCAUUAUUCUUUGACCACAGAACAGGACCUCACAGCACCUCCAGGGCCUCAUCCUGGUCCAAAGUCAAGACUGGAAGUGGAGGACAGAAAUUAUAAGCAUGCAUGUUUCCAUUCAUCGUGAUUUCUGGAGAGAAAAUAACAGUACUUGGGAAACGGAAUAAUCAGUAGUCUUGACUUUGGGACUACCUGUUUUUUUGUUUUGUUUUGUUUUGCAUGAAAAUUAAGUUCUAACAUCUUUUGUGAAGGGUGUGAAAUAUUUAAGCCAAACUGAAGUGACUUUAAGCCCAAAUGGUGUAACUUUCAUGAGCCAUGUCUUUUUGGUAAACAUACAUGUGUAUUAUUUUUCAAUCCAUUUCUUUCCAUGUCUGGGUUCUCUGCACACCCACCUGGCAUUGAUUCUGUGGCCUUGUACAGUCAGCUUGUGCUCAGCUCGUUUUUUCCACCAUGUCUCUGGAUUGAGGGGACGUUAAUUACCUGUCUCUGUGAAUUAAGCAGCUCACGAGCAGCAAGUUAUUGAGAGACAUAAAUAAAGUCAUGGAGAGUCCGAGGAAGUAAUAGCAUUGGUUUAAUCAUCUGCUUCUAAUGUGCCAAUUUUUAUAUACUACUACAUGAACUGAUUUGUUCUAAAUUGCUUCUUCCUUUUGAAAAAAAGGAAAAAUUAGAAAUGUUUUAUGAAAAUGACCAUGGAGGUUUCCUGAUUAUCAAACACACUUAUAUUUAUAGUUAGAAAACCCCUCGUUGAUGAAUUAGAACAAGAAGCUGGACAGCUUGGGGCAGUCGUCACGGCUAGCUUGUGUAUUACUCCAAGCCCAGUGGUGUAUUAGCCAUCAGAAUGCAGCACUUUACAGAACUGGAUUGUUUUUGUUUUUAAGUCUAAGCUUCCAGGUCUGGGAUAUUAUUUAGCACUUUGAAAGUUCCCUUUCAAAAAUAUAUAUAUGUAUGAAUAAUCAAACGGGGAAAAUGUACUCAUAAAAACACAAAAGGUGUUUCUUCUGAAUGUUCCAAAUAUAUUCUGAAAUAUGCUUUCUAUAGGUAAUAUUGUGGUAGAUAACUGGAUAGUACCUUUAUUCUGUUUUCUGAGGCUGUGCAGUCUAACCUUCCUGAACGUGUGGACUGUUUAACUUCUCUAAGGACAGUGAGUAUUAUCCAGUCAUUCACCAUGCUAUAUCUAUAGGCUACUCCGUUUGAUAUGUUGGACAAUGCUGUAUUAUAAAAGACUUGUAAACAUAUAUGUAACCCAUGUUUAACCCAGCGUAGUUGUAGCAUGUGGUUGUAUUAAUGAACGUUACAGGACAGCUUUAUAAUCAUUUCUAAAUCUGUAACAUUCAAUAAAGAAGCACAUGUUGCAAGGACUGAUCAUGUUCCCAGCUCCAUGUUAUUUAGCAUCCUCAUGAAAAAGGCAUUUUUGUUCCUGAUCUGCUCUAUGUUUUUCAUACUUCUGUAGAUUACUGUAGAAUAUUUGUAUGACUGACGUACAUCCUCUAGCCGGCCCUAUGAGCUGUGGUAGGCAAGCUGUAACUUUGUGAAAGAUGAACUGGCAUGUUAUGCAAAAAAAAACUAUAUGACAAAUGAACUGAAAAUCAUAUUUGAAACUCCAGUUGAAUUAGCUGUUUGUUUACAUCUGCUAGCCAAAUGUGGAGGCAGUGUACAGUAUUUUAUAAAUAUGUUCAUUUAGUAACACUAUGUCAUUUCUAGGUAAAGUGAUGCUCGUGGGUAGGUGGUUAUCUACUUGUCCUAGUUAUUGCAUUACAACUCACUAUUCUUUAACAAUAACUAUGUGACUUAAAUGAAGUAAUCCCUCUCCAAAUCCAGUCUGAAUUUUGUGGCAACAAAAAUGCAUGCACUGCUUUAUGCAUUUCUUUUGACUUUUCACAAGCACUUAACAUUUUACUCUUGCCUGCUAUAAUGCUUAAACCAGUUAGGAAUUCACUCAAAUUGUUGGGCUUCUUACACUGUUUUGGGGAUCAUGUUCAAUUUUUUAAAAUUAAAAACAAAAAAGCAACCAAGGUUUUUUAUCUUUUUUUUUUUUUUAAGCUCUGAGCAAAUAAUAUGAAAUAAAGUAUUAACCACCUGGUAUAUAUGGGACCCAGAGAUGGCUAGCCAACACCAUUUGAGCUCACUAAGGUUGAGGUGUUGGUGUAUCUGUGAUAUUUGAAAGACACAUGCCUGAUUCUUUAGGGCCACUGGGUGCAAAUUGCUAACCAGAGAUGAGAAUGAGAAGUUCAGGCAUGACAAGGCAGAACUCCGCAGAUCACUGGAGAUGAGUGGUCCAACAAGACACUGUAUGCCCUCCCUCUUUUCCUUGUGGCUUUCUGCUGUGGGUGAGUCUAGCCUAGCGGGGCAGAUCAGUUGAAUGUCCGAUAGAGCACUAUCAAGAGUUUGCCCUUCAAAGACAUCACCUUUUCAUUACAAGAAGCCAUUCAACUUCUGGAACAGAGGGGAGCCAAUUUGCACAGUCUUGUAAAAAAAAAAAAAAAAGAGUAGAGAAAACUCUUCUCUCAGCCUGCAUUGACCUAAGCUUUCUCUUGUUUCUACAAGUCAAACAUUCUUUCUCUCAGACUGGAGUCAAGCAAAGAAAGGGUUGGUUCUGAUUUAGGGAAGACAAGAUUUUUCUUUUUUUAAUUCAUUUGAGAAGGUAGUUUUGUUACCUUUUCUCUCAUGAUUUUCUCAUUCUUUUCACUAUUAAUGAAAUCAAGAUGUGACAAUUUCUAUAUUUCAUCUAAGAGAGCAUUUUGCUGGCCAGGCAAACCAGAUGGCAAUGAGUGAGGUGGAUUUUCCUUUCCUUAACUUACCUAGUCUGCUGGCCACCUUAAACCUGCAGGCCAUUGCACAUUUGCACAAUGUUUACAUAUUGGAAAGUGGAAAGGUCAUAUGCAAGGCUAGAAUUCCAUGGGCUUCCUGAAGAGCUUCAAAGCCAACCAAGACCUGGAGGAAAAGUGUGAAACAAAAGUGAGGGAAGUUCAGUGUUACGCCUGGCUAUAUGGCCUUUGUCAUCUCCUUUACUUUCCUCCUUUCCCUUAUCCCAGCACUAGCUGCUUUUUUGCCUGACCAACAGACCAUUCAUCCCAUUACCUCAAUGCCUUGUGGACCCUGGCUCACUAAGCUGAAACAGCAGCAACUUGGAAAAAACCAAACAUGAAGACUUUGUCCCAGUCUUAAUCUUCCCCCUAGCUUAGCCUCCCCUCAACCCCAGCCCGACAGCUUGACAGGUUUUGCACAGCUUCAUCCAAUGCUUUGCCUCUCAGAACCCCCAAAGAAUUCUUCACAUCUUCACCCCUGCUUUCCACAUAUCAUCAGAACAAGCUACUGAAUCCAGGUGGAGGGGUGGCAAAUGCAAACACUUGGAGGAACCAGAUCCAGAACACGAGUGUGCAGACUGGACUGGUGAAAGGCAGAAGGAAGCAGUAGGGUUUAUAGGACAUGAAAGAAUUCCCACCAAAAAGAUGUUCAAAUUCAGAUUUUCAAGUACCGUGCUAACCAGACAAAUCUGUCUACCGGCAGAAUUCAAUCCCAAAGGCAACAGUUUGGGAACCCUGAUUUAGCGUCAUCAGAUUCGUGAUUUCAACUCAGUGAGCAUAUGCAUAAAAUGCACUGAGAACUGAGAGAGGGAACAGGAAACUCACCCUAUUUAGAGUUGUUCCUGUUCUCCUGAAUGAUAGAUGCAUGUAUAUUUGUUAGUUGCUUCACUCUGGACCCAGCUGCAGGAUUUUUGUAAGGAAGAUUUGGAAGAAGAGUACCAUAGCAUUGUAUCAAGUCUUACCUGCUUCCUGCCACUACGGCAUCUGACCUGAGGGUCAUGCUGCUCCUGCUGUGUAAAACAGUACAUUAGUCUCCUGUACGCAUAGCCAUUUCAUAAUAUAGAACUUAGAUUCUCAUUUGUAAAUGUUCUUACCAUAGUUUAUAAUGGGGGAGAUUAUUCAAUAUCAUUUUUAAAUGAAUUCCUAUAAAUACAAAGAUUUUGAAAUUGAGUUUGUUAAAUAUAUGUAUACAUAUACAUCUUUUCCUUUGUGUAUGGAUAGACAGCGGUUUGCACAUCUAUCGACAUUAUAAAUAUAUAUAAAAAUCCUUAGAGGAAUUGUUCUUUUUUAAAGGUCUAUUAUUGGAUUCACAAUGCACUUUGAGCUUGUUUGUUUAGAUAUAUAAUUCAAAGCAGAAGUUGGCAGAUAACCAUGGGAAAAUCUUUCUGAAAUUUCUGUAACAAAUGUUUUGCAAUAAAAAAGAAAAAAAGUCAAUAGUUCAAAACAUGACUUAGACUUCAUUGUGCAUUUAUUUGCCGCCUUCUGAUCUCCAUCAUCCUCAUCACAAGCAUUUUUGGUCUACAAAGAGAUAAGUGCCUAGGGUCCACUAAUUACUUGUCAAUACAGCAGAGGUUACAAAUUGGUGACCUAUGAGUCAUAUCUAGUCAAGAGAAGGGAUAUUGUUGGUCAGAACAGGAUUUUUUUUUAAUUUGAACCAACCUUUAGAAAUUGAUAGAUUUCACAUAAAAUUUGAGAUUUCUGGCUUCAUGGGAAAAAUCUGAAAAUCUGGUAAUAUGAGACCUGUAUUCCACAUUAAAAUAAUGCCUGCUUUUGAAGGAGCAUGUGCUCUCCAGCAUACCACAAUCCCCACCUCUCCCUAUUGUCUCUUACAACGUGCUCCAUUCACUUAUUAGCAUUAU